CAGCAUUCUUAGUUUUCCCACAUCUCGUAUUAUCCUCGUACACUUCUUUGCAAUUAAGACAGGUUGACACGUAAAUAGAGGAUUUGAACCAUUUAUAUACCGUUGUGAGUAUAUUUUGUCUCAGUUAUAACAGGACAGACCGACCCGACAGUUCUUGAGGGGUUUGAUAGUGUGCAAGAGAGAUCGAUAGGAACAAUGAAGAUCACGUCCAUGUUUGUCAUACUAAUGGUGGUAAUGGCCAUGUUUCUCGGUUCUGGGGAUGCUGCUCCUAGCGCUCCUGGGAAAAUACCUGUAAAAGCUAUUCAGAAGGCGGGAAGAGCUGUUGGCAAAGGACUGCGUGCUAUUAACAUAGCAAGCACCGCGCACGAUGUAUACAGCUUCUUCAAGCCAAAACACAAGAAAAAACAUUAAGAAAUAAUGUAUACUUUUGUACUUGUGACUUUGUAUAUACUUAAGAUUAAUUUAUUCAAAUAUCUUUUCUAUUUUUUUUUUUUACAAAGUCAUGGUGACUGACAUUCUCUUACUCGUUACCUAUAAAUCUUCUAAC